GACUUCCCGUCGACCAUGUCACUUUCAUUCGAUGAUCGCGUUUUAGGAGAGAAAGUUGACAACUAUUGUAGCAGCAGUGAAAGUGAUGAGGCGUCUGAUCCUAGUGACGCGGAGAGUGGUGAGCAACAACCAAAUCAAGAUCCUCCACUUUUGGCCCCGUGCUAUUCCAGGGACCAACCACAGACCGGUCCAAAAGGGGUUAUUUCGGAUUACAAACAAUUCCAAGCACUAAGUCGACUGAGGAAAUUUGAAGAUGAAGAAAAGCUCAUAGAGCAAGCAAAGAAAAACACUUUGGCGUGCCGCUCCUAUAAUGAGGAUGUCGAGGCAGCAUUGAACGACAAUAAAAUCUUAGAAGCCCUAAAUGCUCUGGACGAGGAUGACGAGUUCUUGACUCAGUAUCGACAAAAUAGGUUACUUGAAUUGAAGAAGGCUCUAGAGCGAUUACCCGUAUAUAAGGAUGUUUACACAUUAACUGCGGAUGACUUCGUCCAAGAAAUUGAUGGUGCCGAUCCUGGUGUCACCGUUUUAGUGCAUAUUUUCGAACCGGAUCAUCCAGCAUGUAGAAAGAUCGACCACUGCCUCAGGGAGUUGUGCAUGGAGUAUCCACACGUCAAGUUUUGCCGAAUUCGAGCAUCCGAAGCCCGGCUGAGCUAUCGAUUUUCCCGUUCGGGUAUCCCGGCUUUCGUCAUAUACAAACGGGGUGAAGUGAUCGGCAAUCUGCUGCAAGUCACUCGAGAUUUGGGUACUGAUUUCUAUACCGUCGAUGUGGAAAAUUUCCUGAUCGAGCGUGGGUUCCUUCCUGACAAGACCAUCGGUAUUUCCUUGAAUGCACGCUUUGCUACAUCCGAAAGCCCACCCGACUAACUGUUUUAUCCCGAGUGUUUACCCACCCACCCUAUUACUUCGUUAACUUCGUUGUCAGUCUUAUUACUUCUUGUGCAAUAUUAUCAAACUAGUAUGGUUAUGCUCUUCACUGCAAACCUACUAGCUAUCUGCAAAUCUGCGCAGCGAAAGUGUAUAAUGUCUCGGCUCCUAGUUUCUCACCAAAUCAUAAUCAACGUGAACGCAAAUGCCUUGGCGGCAACAAGCGUUCUCAUCAGGGUGACAGCCACCAAUUUUUUUUUACACAAAUUGGUACUAAUCUCUCUUGUACUUCUAUCGAUCUCUUCACUUUAGCUUUCAUCCACAUCAGGACGGGCUUUAAUAUAUCUUAAGAACCGGCCUCCUGACUGCUUGUAAUAUACAUCAAUUCACCGUUUCUCUGAUUGCCCGCCAGACACCACUUACCUUCCAGUGCACUGAUUGUGUGUGGAUGUUGAUUUGAAAAAUAUAUGCCUCUACUGCUUCUAA